GGCCAAACAGACGAGCAGGAUACCGGAUACCCAAUUACCUGCUGCCAGCCUUGGGAUCACUUGCAUCUGCAACCCUCGAGGCUCCCAACAAGUAAAAGGGAAACAAAACAAACAGACUUGGUCCUCUGGGUGCCCUAUCCCCGGGCAGCCCAGCUCCGGUCAAGGUGGCUUCGAACCAGGCCAUUCCGGCAUACUCCAGUGCCAUAAAGAAUAUUACUGCCUUGCUACCGCCUUCGAUCCAGACCUGCCUCGAGACCACCAUCGCAACCCUCUCCGACGCCUUUGUCGGCUCCAACAAGUAUCUCGAGUCCCAGGGUGUCUCGCCCACCCUAGUCUACUCGACUUUAGCUGGCACGGCUGCCGCCCUCGCCCUGCCGCUCAGCAUGUCUCGAUGGGGUUGGACGAGCUGGGGCUCCGGCCGCGUGCCCGUAUCGCCCUACGCCCCCCAAUCCAGCACCCAGAGUGUGCCGGACGUCACCGACGAUGAUUACAGUUACAUCACUUCCGAGGACCUAGAACGAUCCCUGCAGCCGCCCGCACGAGCCUACGAUCCCCAAAGUCGACGGCCCACGUCCAGCUCCAGUAUGGAUGACGACGUACUGCUCAUAAAAAACAAGGGCAUCACCUACCCCGUCCACUUUCCCGCCUAUUCCAUCGGCGAUGGGAAGCUGCUGGUGCAGGACGUGCGUACCCGUGUGGGAUUGGUCAUGGACUUGAGCAAUCGUCGGAGCCGCCGCCUCAAGAUGCUCUACAAGGGCCGCCAGCUCAAGGAGGAAAGCGUACCCAUCCGAGAUUACGGCGUGAAGAAUAACAGCGAGCUGCUGGUGGUGGUGCCGGAGGGGAAGCUAAGCGACGAGGACGACAGCGGUAGCGGCCAAGACGUCGUCAUGGCAGAAGAGACGGUGGAGCAACCGAGACCCAGAAAGGCCAACAAGAAGCCCCGCAAGAAGAAGAGGGAGCAUGUCGAUCCCCACGAAAGCGUAGCCAAUCUCGAAGUGCCCGGCCGGCGGGAUAGGGACGGGAGAAGGCCGUCUGCCGACGGGUCCGCUCACCCAUCGAGGGUUGCCUCUCCCGCCGCGUCCUCGGGGCCCCUCGAGAAGCUGGAGGCAAUCCGAUCGCACUUUGACAAGGAGCUCCUGCCGCAGUGCGAGAAGUUCUCAGCCCACCCGCCGAAAGACCCGAAGAAGUGCGAGGACGAACACCGAAAGCUCAGCGAGACGAUCAUGCAGCACGUUAUGCUGAAGGUGGACGAGGUCGAAACGGGAGGGGACAUAGAGAUCAGGGCAAGGAGGAAGGAGCUGGUAAACUAUGUCCAGGACAUCUUCAAUGAGCUCGACAAACACCUGCCUCCCGGUAGCAAGUUGAGGACACGGUGAUCUAUGAGUAGCCUGCGACCCCCUCCUCUCUUGUUUUAUACACUUCCCGUAUUUGCGGGGGAAAAAAAAGAACCAGAUACAACGGAAAAGCCCCGGUGUUACUAAAAAGAUCUGAUAACUAGGGUAUCUCGACAAAGUCGUGCUCUUUCCCGGCCUACUUCUCUAAUAAUAGUUACCCUCUCUCUCGUCCCCCGUUUCCGGCGUGCCCUCCCCCAGAGUGGCGUCUCGUUAUGCAUCAUAGCUAUUUUCUCAGUUGAGAGGAAGCAUCCUUCGUCCUCGAGAUGUACUAUGCCCCCCAAUGAGCUCAUUUCGGUACAUACGCACAUAUAUACUUGCUUAAGUCGGUCACGCAAGGGACAAGAAUAGGGGUCGGAUCCUUCUUCUUUAUACGGCCAGAAUCGGGAAUGACUACCUACAUAGUUUGGUAGCUGGGGACGGUGGCUGGCAUGACAAGAUCAGCAUGUCAC